AACAACACUUUAAUCGAUUCGAGUAUUAGAACGGUGUUUCGCUGCAGUAAUCGUCUCCGUAAUCUAUAAUCAUACGAGUGCGUUUUUGCAGUACUGUUGUCAACCUUGUGAAUUCUUAUUUUGCAGUAUCAAUAGUUUAACACGUUCAAACGUUCAAACACGUUGUAAGAAAUAGUUAAGCUGGUAGAAAAUCGACGUUUGAAUCUGGAUGCGGUUGGGGAAAAAGGAGAUCUCCGAAUAAUUUCACUCAGAUUUCGCACCUAAGAAAAAGGGCCGCCCUGGUGAGCUGCGGGAAAGGGCACGACCAUGACCUGGGAUCAUCUGGAGCGUGGCAGUUCUCCGGUGGACUGGUGCGAAGGGAACUAUCUUAUUUCACCGAAUAUUGCAGAAUUUGUCAACACGAUAAGCAACGUUCUGUUUCUCGUGGGCCCUCCCUUUUUAAUUUACCUCUUCAAAGACUAUGGUAAAUUCAUCCAACCGGCAAUUCACAUGAUAUGGAUCCUGCUGAUAAUCGUCGGGUUAAGCUCCGCUUACUUCCACGCCACCCUGAGCCUGCUGGGUCAACUGCUGGACGAGUUGACGAUUCUGUGGGUUUUUAUGGCUACAUUGAGUUUGUUCUGUCCACGGCGACACUUCCCGCGCAUUUUCAAACAUUCCAGGAAACGCUUUUGUGUCUCGAUGAGUGUGUUCUCUCUGACGGCAACUGCUUUAUCUGUAUGUUAUCCAGCUAUCAACGCAUUUGCACUAAUGUUACUGGCCAUUCCUGCCACGUAUCUUAUCUACAAGGAGUUGCAAAUAGUUAAGGACAAACGCGUCUACCGAUUGGGCGUCCGAAAUACCACAGUUCUGCUGAUUGCAAUAGUUUGCUGGAUCAACGACCGAAUGUUCUGUGAUGCGUGGUCUCGAUUAAGCUUCCCUUACUUGCAUGGAUUCUGGCAUAUUCUGAUCUUCAUUUCAGCAUAUCCAGCGUGUGUAUUGUUUGCGUACUUUUUCGUCAGUGACGAACGGCCGGAAAGUAGGCCACAGCUCAGGUACUGGCCACAUAAUGAUUUUGAACUUGGAGUGCCAUACGUUUCGGUCAACUGCUGCAAGAAACUGGAUGACACAAUUUAGGAAUAUGCGUCAUAAAUACGCAUUAUGAGCAAGGUAGAACGAUGCUUGAAUUGUCAAAAGGUACAAAAGCAACGGAUAUUGUAUAUUAUGCCCCAAAGCCAAAAAUAAGCUAUACAUGCUAGAACUCGAUUCAGCCAAAUUUGUAGAUACAUAUCAGAGCUAAAUGAUUACUUAGAUUUUAAAGUUUAUAAUUGUAGGUUUUCGAUUCAACUAGGUGAUCUCUAUGUUAUUAAUUCAUAGCUUACCCGCUGUUUCAAACAGCGUUUUGCAGCAUCACACUAGUGAUAGAUAUUGUGAAUUUUACUUUUAUUUAUUUCUUGUUGGUAAUGUUCGAACUAUAUUUAAGGACUUCGGCUUUAUGCGAAUGUUAUUGUAGUAUUAGGAAAAAGCUUUAAGUAGUGUUGAAUUUCAAAAUUACCAAUAAAUAUACCUUCCAAAAUUAAA